AUGGCUGACUUUGAAUGGGCACAAUCGGUGUUGGACGCUGAUGAGCGGCCUAGUUUGAGCGAUAUUGCAAGAGCACUUCAGAUCCUCGCAGACUCGAGUGCUGACCCUGAGUUGAGAUUACGGAUGCAAGAUGUUUCAUUUCAGCAAUUGCUUUCAUUGUUAUCAGGUCUCGCUGCCAGUAGUGCACAAGAAUCGUCGAAUUUGACGUUAUGGAGAAACUUGCUUCGUUGUGUUGGCAACAUGAUCGCGGACAAUGAUGCUCGUAGAGCUCAGUUGCUGGAGGAUCCGACAUAUCUGAUGACCUUGGACUCGUUUUUAACAUCCAUCUCGAACAACCCUGAAUCGACGACGUUAGUGGACAUCACAGUCAAAGUCCUCUUCAACCUGUGUACAGACUACACUCCUGCCCAGAAAGAGUGCUUCAACCAGAACAUCCACCAAUCACUAAUCUACUGCCUCGAUACACGGCUUGCUGUAGAUCAGGGCAUCUGGGGCCUGGCACUCGAUCUGACAUGCAUGAUUCUGGAGCACAAGCAAGAGCUGAAGCCGUCACAAGAAUAUCCUGACUUUGAAGCCAACGCACCUCGACUUCUGAGAUUGCCUCUCGCGGAGGUGGAUGCAACAGCGUUCCUCGAUGCGUUGACAUUAGUUGCUGCACAUCUACUCGACAAGAACUUCGUACAGAAACUUGUCGAGCACAAGCAAAUCGAGCAUAUCUGGAAGCUGCUGAAGCGUACGGAACAUAGAAUGCUCAGCGAUCGCGAAACAGAAGACCAGGACGACUAUGAUGAAAAGCAAUAUCUCCAAUUUCAGCUUGUGCUGUCUCAGGGGUUGGCUGACAUGACUGCUUUACCGCUCUACAACGACAAGUACGAUACGACUGAUUCAUUCAUACAAUCUCUCUACCCGCAGGUCAUUCCCACCUCGACGGACCCUACAUCAAGAUCACCGGUUGCUCCUGCAGCUUGUCUGAUUCUCGGCAAUCUCAUCAUAUCCGACGAAGCAGCCAUCUCUCUAGCUCCUCACAUACCGAUAAAAGAUCUCUUCGCAAAACUCGGUCGAUCAAACGACUCUGCCUUCCUCAAUGCGGCAUCAGGACUGUUACGCCAUCUAUCAACACCUGUACAAAACCGCGAACACUACUUUGCGGAUCCGGAAUACCUCCUAUCAACCAGACAUCUCUACACAGACAUUCCGCUCGAACAGGUCCAAAUGGGAGGCCUUGCACUAACCCGUCAAAUCCUUGCAAACAUGAAGCCGAGAUUGGUAGCACUACUGUCUUCCGCCACCAACAAGUUCCUCUCAACGCUGCUAUCAAUCUACCAAACCACAACAUCUACAUCCGUAAAGUUGGAAAUGUCAAGACUGGUGGUGAGCUUCUUCCGCACACUCCAAGCUUCUUCGGCCACGGUAUCGGAAAUCGAAACCGGAGAGGAAGAAGCGACAAGGGCACUCUUCGAUACUCCUGUCAAUACCUCAAGCAUUCUCGACCCGCUCGUUUUUAGUAUAAAGCAUGCAGCUGAACCAGGAAUCAUCGCCAUACAGGCAGAAGCAUGGUUAGGAUUGAACCUCGCUGCUCGUCUCCCAAGUGGUGCGAGGAAAGUCUCUACUGCUUUCUCUGAUGAUGAGGAGUUAUUUGCACUGUUCAUUUCAAGGUUGGGUGGAAAACCUGGAGAUGGGGAGGAAGUCAAGGAUGAGAGGCCUGAGUGGCUAAGAGAGAAGGAAAGAGAUAAUGCAGUCCUACUCGGUGCUGAGUUGAUCAAAGCAGAAGAUGUGGAUGGAGACGUCAAGGAAAAGUUCAAACUCGCAUUGCGGGAGAAGGAAAUCCGCAUUGGUUGA